AUGACGACAGAUGAUCCUGCUUGCGUAAUGGAAGACAAUAUUCUAUUGGUAGUUGGAAUCACAUUUCUGAUUGUUUUUAGUCUGAAUAUCGCAAUUUUCACUAAAAUUAUAUUGUUCCAAAGAUUCAAUGGUCAAUCUGGAAAACAACGUUCAUCAAACGAGCGAAGAAAUAUAAUAUUGUUUGUUCAAACUGUUUUGCAAGACUCUCUGUAUAUCAUUGAUUUGACAUUCACAUUCAAGUUGAGCGCUCUAUUGAAUACGAGAAUGUGGGCGUUCAUCAGCGGAACAUUUGUUUGGGAAUCUCUACAUGCGUUCGAUGGAUUUAUAAUGUGCCUUUUCAAUGAGAAACUAUCGAUAAUAAAGCAUAUCCUCCGAUUCUACCCAUCCCCACGCGUGUCUGAAAUCGCACGAACCACACCAUCGACGACAUUGGCGAGAGUCGAGUGA